AUGAAUAAAGAUGAACAAUUGAAGAUAUUACAAGAUGAGAAAGUCAUUGGUGUAAUUGGUUUAGGUGAUAUGGGUUUAUUAUAUGCUCGAAGAUUCAGUGAUGCUGGCUGGACGGUGAUUGGUUGUGAUAGAGAAGAAAAUUAUGAAACUUUCAAAGAACUAUACGACGAUGAAGCUUUUACAUUGUUAAGGAACGGUCAUUUGGUUUCUAGAAUGGCGGAUUAUAUAAUAUACUCAGUUGAAGCUGAAAAUAUAGAUAAAAUUGUACGUAUUUAUGGAUCAUCAACUAAAGUGGGUUCUAUCGUGGGUGGUCAAACAUCAUGUAAAGAACCCGAAAUUAAAGCAUUUGAAAAAUAUUUACCAUCUGAUGUUGAAAUCAUAUCAUUACAUUCAUUGCAUGGUCCAAAAGUAAAUACAACUGGUCAACCAUUAGUUUUAAUUAAACAUAGAGCAAGUGAAGAAUCUUUUAAUUUUAUUAAAUCAUUAGUCAGUUGUUUAAAUUCAAAACAAGUAAAUUUAUCAGCUAAAGAACAUGAUAGAAUAACAGCAGAUACACAAGCAGUAACUCAUGCUGCAUUUUUAUCGAUGGGUGUUGCAUGGAAAUCAAUGAAUCAAUAUCCUUGGAAAACUCCAAAAUGGGUUGGUGGGAUAGAAAAUGCAAAAAUUAAUAUUUCAUUAAGAAUUUUUUCAAAUAAAUGGCAUGUUUAUGCUGGUUUAGCAAUUACGAAUCCAUCUGCACAUGAUCAAAUAUUACAAUAUUCAAAGUCAACAACUGAAUUAUUUACAUUAAUGAUACAAAACAAAAAAGUGGAGUUAAAAGAUAGAUUAUUCAAAGUGAAGGAGUUCAUAUUUAAAGAUCAUAAAAAGCAUAAUUAUAAUGAUGAGUUAUUAUUAGAUGAUAGUAUAUUACAAAAAUUUUCAUUAAGUAAGUAUCCGCCAGGUGGAAAACAACCAAAUUCACAUUUAUCAUUAUUAGCUAUUGCUGACAGUUGGUAUAAUUUAGGUAUAGUCCCAUACGAUCAUAUAAUUUGCUCAACUCCAUUAUUUAGAAUAUUUUUAGGUGUUACAGAGUAUAUAUUUGUUACUCCUGGAUUACUAGAAGAAUGUAUCGAUGUGUCUAUAAAUAACACUGAGUUUAGACAAGAUGAUUUACAUUUCACAAUUGCAGCACAAAUGUGGUCUAAUAUAAUUAACUUUGGUAAUUUUGAAUUAUACAAAAGAGAAUUUGAAAAUACUCAAAAUUUCUUCCAUCCAAUGUUUCAAGAUGCUAAUCAAAUAGGUAAUGAAAUGAUUAAAACAAUAUUAGAAAGAGUACGAGAAAGGGAAAAUUAA